UAUGUAUAUCUCCACCCCUUCCAUCGCCAACACUGUACACAACACCAACAACAAUAAAAAGAUGCCCCAAGGAAACACCCUCCCCAACCAAACCCCCAGCCUAAGCUACUGGCAACGCACAACACGCCCAUUCCCCCAUCUCCACGCAAACCGCACCACCCCUGUUCCAACCUCGGCUAAAUACGUGGUCAUCGGAUCAGGCAUUGCGGGGGCUCUAACAGUGUUUGAAUUACUCGAGGCUGGCAUUGAUGAGGGAAAAGUUGUUAUUCUCGAGGCAAGAGAGGCGGCUGGUGGUGCUAGUUCGAGGAAUGCGGGGCAUGUGAGACCGGAUGCAUUCCGCGGCUUUACGGCAUAUUCCAAAGUCCACGGUGCCGAGCAAGCGCUGAAAAUCAUCGCCAACGAGCGCCUGGUCUUACAAAAGGUAGACGAGUUCAUCACAAAACACGCUGUGGCAUGCGACUUCCACCACACAACGACAUUCGACGUCUGCAUGACCCCCGACUUCGCAGAGUACGAAGUUGCGAGUUUCAACGCAUAUAAAAACGCAGGCGGUGAUGUAUCCCAUAUCAAAUACUACACUGGCCCAGAAGCGCAGGCGAAAACGAAAGUCCCCGGCGCAGUAGCUGCGUACGAAUGGCCGGCUGGGUCGAGCCAUCCGGCAAAAUUAGCACAGUUUCUUUUGAAUAGCGCGGUGGAGAGAGGUGCGAGGUUGUUUACGUUUUGUCCGGCUAUAGCUAUAGCGCAGUCGUCGAAUGCUGGGUCUGGGUUGUGGGAUGUACAUACGCCCCGGGGAACAGUGAUUACUGAGAAAGUGAUACAUUGUACCAAUGCGCAUGCUGCGUUUUUACUACCCCUGCUGGAUGAUUAUAUCACGCCGAACCGCGCCCAGGCACAUUCGUUGAUCCCGACAGGUGCAUUCACAGGGAGGAAUAUCCUCCAAAACACAUUCUCGCUGCGCUACAGUCUGCAUCAUUUCUACUCCCUGAUCCAGCGACAAGCAGACGGGACGCUUAUCCUGGGCGUGUCGAGGUCGAAUCCUACGCUUAGCAGGGAGACGAUUGAUGGGCAGUUGAGUACGGAUGAUAGCAGGUAUAAUGAGGAGAUUGUGUUGGAUGCAUUGCGUAGUUUUGGGGAGAUUUUUCCGAGCUAUAAUGCAGAGGAUGCAUUGCACGGUGAAGGCCUGGACCAUGCUUGGACGGGGAUUGUUGCGAUGACGGCGGAUUCGGUGCCGUUUGUUGGGGAGGUUGAGGGGUUUCCGGGGCAGUUUGUUUGUGCGGGGUUUAAUGGACAUGGUAUGGCGCGCAUUUUUACAUGUGCACCUGGUGUUGCUAAAUUGGUGCUUGGGGGGGAGUGGGACGACACAGGUCUACCUGAGUGCUUUCAGAUCAGCAAAGAGAGACUCGGUAGACUGUCAUCUCAAGCUGUGCCAUCAGUUUGGUGAUUACUGCGAAGCACAUGAUCACGCACGUUUGUAUAAUAGACUGCCCGUGCGAAGCGUAUAUAUUCAGUAGGACGAAUCAACCACAUCCAUAUGUGCAGAAGUCAAAAACAAACAUGUUGUGGUAUAUACAAGGCAGCGAAAGAACCUUGAGAUCCAAUAUUGGCCAAAAAUACGUAUACACGUAUCCAA